AUGGCCCCGAUCCUCGACGCUGCCGAGCAAAAGGCCAAGGACUAUGUCCUUCGCAACUUCCCCUCCGGCCCGGGCGUCGCCAUCACUCCGCUCUUGAUGGGCAUGAUCAUCGAUGCUGUCCUCAUGGGUAUCAUGCUCUCGCAACUAAUCCACUGGUUUUCCCACCAGCGGUCACAGGAGUCCAAGGCUCACCAGUACGCCGUAAUGUGGUGCUCAGUCAUGGGCUGCUUUGUCUUCCUCCUCUCCACAGGCUGGAUCCUGUACCUGUUUGGCUACAACUUUGGCCGAUGGCAACCACUCACAGACUACCGAUGGCUCUCGCUCUAUCCUCUUGUUGACGCCUCGAUGGUCCUUGUCGUUCAGGUCUUUUACGCCGAGCGUGCCUACAAGAUCGCCAACCGCGCAAAGGUACUGAUCCCUAUGGUCGCGAUUCCGAUGAUCGUAUCCGCCGUCGGCGGUGUUGGUGUUGCCGUGUGCGGCUUCACUGACCGGGUCAUUUCCACCAAUUACAAGAUCUUUGUGUGGUUCUGGAUUGUGGGAUGCUUUGUCGCCGACCUGAUCAUCACGUCUAUCGUGUUGUGGGGUCUGACGCGCUCCCGUUCGCCAUGGGAGCAGACCGAUAUUCUCGUCAAGCGCCUUAUUCGUGUGGCGUGCGAGUCCCAGCUUCCUCCUACCAUCAUCGCCUUUGCCCUCCUCAUUGACUGGAUUGUCCAGCGUGACACAUUCUACGGCGUCUUCUUCGAGAUGGUCCAGGGCAAGGUCUACGUCGUCGGCAUGAUCUAUGUCCUCAACCAGCGCUUUUACCUCCGUCGCGAGCUUGACGGCGAGAACAACAACAUCACCGCCAUCCGUCCCAGUACUUUCUCCAAUUUCAAGGGUGGCCGCAACCGCAACGGCGCACCUCUCGGCCCAGCGACGAUUCACGUCCAGACCGAGACGUACGUCGAGUCGCACCAGAUCAACCCGGCCUUUAUGCCCCAGCGUCUCCAGCCCAAGAUUCGCGAGGCCAGCGAGAGCGGCGACACGGAAAUGUCCGAGCUCGACGGCGUCAACCAGUCCGAGGUCGGUCUCAACUCCGAGUACAUGGAGCGCGUGCGCGCUGCGCGCAAAAAGCCCCAGUUCAACGUCGCGUCGUUUGCCGCCAUGGGUUAA